UCCCUUCAUCUUCCUUUCCUUUCCCUUCCCUUGCCUACCUAUCCAUCCGUCCAAACGACUGUGUUAAAAAACAUAGCUUUCUCCGUUAAAACCCACCAGAGUAUUAGUGCAUUUGUUUCUCUCUUUAAAGAAUAUAGUCUCAAGUCUUAACUCCUCAAGCUCAAGCUCUGGCAAUACACAUUUCACUAAACAUGGAGAGUAAGGGGUUGCAACCAAUGGAUUCAGAGCAACUGAGAGAGAAUGCACAUAAAAUGGUCGACUUUAUUGCUGAUUAUUACAAAUCCAUUGAGAAUUUCCCUGUUCUCAGCCAAGUUGAGCCUGGAUAUCUACGCGAACUUCUGCCAGAUUCUGCUCCAAAUCAACCUGAAACGUUGCAAAAUGUUCUUGAUGAUGUUCAAGCAAAGAUUUUACCGGGGGUGACCCAUUGGCAAAGCCCGAGUUAUUUUGCUUAUUAUCCUUCUAACAGUAGUGUUGCUGGAUUUUUGGGAGAAAUGCUUAGUGCUGGUAUUAAUAUGGUGGGUUUUAGCUGGAUAACAUCUCCUGCUGCAACUGAGCUUGAAAUGAUUGUUCUAGAUUGGCUUGGUAAAUUGCUCAAGCUACCUGAAGACUUUCUCUCUACUGCAGGACAAGGUGGUGGAGUGAUACAGGGCACUGCAAGUGAAGCUGUUCUAGUUGUGCUUCUGGCUGCUCGUGAUAGGGUCUUGAGGAAGCUUGGAAAAAAUGCCCUUGAAAAGCUUGUUGUUUAUGCAUCCGAUCAAACACACUCUGCUUUGCAAAAAGCCUGCCAGAUAGGAGGGAUCCAUCCAGAAAAUUGCAAGCUGCUAAAAACAGGCUCUCCAACAAAUUAUGCCCUUUCUCCAGAUUUACUUGGUAAAGCAAUUUCAGAUGACAUUUCCACUGGAUUGGUCCCUUUCUUCUUAUGUGCUACAGUAGGCACCACAUCAUCAACAGCUGUUGACCCUUUGCUUUCUCUAGGAAAGAUUGCUAAGAAUAAUGGAAUAUGGUUUCAUGUGGAUGCUGCAUAUGCUGGAAGUGCUUGUAUUUGUCCAGAAUAUCGUUGUUACAUUGAUGGUGUUGAAGAAGCUGACUCUUUCAACAUGAAUGCUCAUAAAUGGUUUCUGACAAACUUUGAUUGUUCGGCUCUUUGGGUAAAGGAUAGAAAUGCUUUAAUCCAGUCCCUCUCUACGAAUCCCGAGUUCCUGAAGAACAAAGCCUCUCAAGCAAACAUGGUUGUGGACUACAAAGAUUGGCAAAUUCCUCUUGGACGUCGGUUUAGAUCACUGAAACUGUGGAUGGUACUGCGGUUAUAUGGUUUGGAAAAUCUACAGUGCUACAUCAGAAAUCAUAUCAACUUGGCUAAAUAUUUUGAAGGGCUUGUUGCUGCAGAUUCAAGAUUUGAGGUUGUCACCCCUCGGAUAUUUUCAUUGGUUUGUUUUCGCCUUCUACCUCCUAACAACAAUGAAGAUCACGGAAACAAUCUGAACCAUGACCUAUUAGAUGCUGUAAACUCAACAGGGAAAAUUUUCAUAUCACAUACAGUUCUAUCAGGCAAGUACAUAUUACGUUUUGCUGUGGGAGCACCAUUGACUGAAGAGAGGCAUGUUACUGCAGCAUGGAAGGUUUUGCAAGAUGAGGCCUCUGCUUUAUUAGGAAGUCUAUAGGGUUAGUUAAUCCUUUUAGUGCAAUCUACCCGUGGUUGAUGAAAUUGACUCACCACACUUCAUUUUCCCCCUUUCCUUUUGAUGUAUUUGAUUUUGUUAUUGGCAUGAACACAAGAGGCCCUCAUGCCAUACAUACAUUCAUGCCCCGCAAAUGAAAUUUAUUAAAAGAAACUUUAGUAUUUUCAAUA